AUGAGUCCGACGAGGUGGAGGCAGCGGACUCAUCUGCGGAGAGCAGUGCCAGUGGCGGGGGGAGCGCGGCCACUGGGGACAAAUGCCGCUCCACGGGCACAGAGUGUACGGGAUAACUGUGUCGUGGGCCAAGCACUCCCUGUAGCGGACGUGGAGUUGAAAAUACGAGCCAUGCCGCAGGACGCGGAAAUCAUUGCUGUGCAAACAGCCUCAGGGUUUGUUGGCGUGUGCAAUCUUCUGCACUGUGGCAGAGAGGAGGGCGAUGAUGCCCUUGUGCCUUAUGCUUUGCUUUCUGGACACAAGGCAGGUGGCUUCGCCCUGAGCUGGAAUGCCGUCAAAAAAGGUUAUUUGGCGAGUGGCGCAAGUGAUGGAUUUGUGAUUUGCUGGGACAUGCAUGAGCGACUCUCUGCCACUGCCGCUGGGAAAGAGAACGAUACCAAACGGGAUAUACAACCGCUUCGUCGAGUGGGGACACGUACAGACGUCGUGACGGAUGUCUCUUGGCAUGGCUCCCAGGGCUAUAUCCUGCUCUCGGCGGGCAUGGAUGGGGCAAUGCAGCUGUGGGACACGAGAGAGAAAAAAUCUGGCUGUUCAUGGCCCUGCGCUCACGCGGGUGGUGUUACCGCUGCCCAGCUGCCUCCCACUGGCGCCUUCCAGGUUGCCAAUGCCGGUGUCGACGGUGUGCUACGCCUGUGGGACAUUCGACAGUCCAAAAGGACGGAGCUUCUAUCGUUGCGUUAUCAUACUAGGAGUAUCACGGGCCUUCAGUGGGCCCCCUUUAGUGAGACAGUACUGAGCACCUUUAGCGAGGAUGGGCUAGUGGUGAGUUGGGAUGUGGCGGAACGAUUUCUGCCGUUCCCAGACAGUGAGGAUGAACUUGCUCCGCGUGAAUUGGUCUUUGUGCAUAUUGGGCACUUGGGACGCGUCACCGAUGCAAGAUGGAGCAGCGGAAGUGAGGGUCAAUGGCUGAUGGCCCCAACGGACACUAUGAACGGGCUCCAUGUGUAUCGUCCAUUGACGAGCGUGGUGCGGGAUUAUGCUUUUUCUGGGUGA